UAAAUAACAGUGGGGAUGCUAGCAGCACUUGUGGAUCGAAAAACGGCUGUGUUGUCGUCUCUCAGCUGAAUGUUUCUGUGUUUCAGCAACAAUGUCUUCAGUUCAGCAUCUGAGAGAGUUUAUCAGCGAGCGACUAACUGCUGCUGCUGAAGAAAUAUUCACAGAGUUUGAAAAAACCAUCGUCCAGUACGAAGAAGAGAUCGAUCGUCAGCGCAGACUUCUGGAUACCAGCUGGAAACCUCGCUUAAACAUUCAGACAACAGACGUUCCACAGCAGCAUGCCUGUAAGGAAGAUGAAGCUCUGGAUGACCAGCAACUCUGUAACCAGGAGAGGACGUCCAGUUUGAACCAGGAGGAACCAGAACUUCCACAGAUUAAAGAGGAACAGGAGGAACUCUGCACCAGUCAGGAGGCAGAGCAGCUUGUACUGAAGCAGGAGACGGAUACCUUUAUAUUGACUCAGAAGUAUCAAGACUUCAGCCAAGCAGAAACAAAUACUGGCAAAUUUUUCUGUCAUAACUCUCUGUUAACUAAGAGUUUUAACAAUAAAGAUGGCAGCCAGUCAGACAUGGGAUCAGCUAGUGAUGGAGAGAUGAAUCCAAAGCAGAGACUUAAUAAAAAGCGAUGGAACUGUAACAGUUUAAGCUGCUCCCCUGUGACAGAGAGUCAGACUGAUACUGAGUCUCUUAAAACGUCUGUAAAAUGUGAUGUUUGUGGAAAAGCCUUCAGUGGCAGGUGCAGUAUGGAGAAACAUCAUGCAGUUCACGCAGGUGUAAAGCCAUAUGCUUGUAAAACAUGCGGGAAAUGUUUCAGUCACAAUCGUACUUUGCUUACUCACCUAAGAAUCCACACAGGUGAGAAGCUGUUCCCUUGCAAAACAUGUGGGAAAUGUUUUACUCGGAGGAGUGAUCUGUUGACCCACAUGAGAAUCCACUCAGGCGAGAGGCCUUUUUCAUGUGGAACAUGUGGGAAAAGGUUCAGUCAGAAGAGUAAUUUGAUGGUUCACAUGGUCAUCCACUCUGGAGAAAGACCAUUUACUUGUGGAAUAUGUGGAAAAACUUUUAACCAAAAAAGUUAUUUGAGGGUUCACAUGAGAAUCCACACAGGUGAGGUGUAUUCCUGUGAAAUAUGUGAAAAAAGUUUCCAUUUCAAACAAAGUUUGACUGCCCAUGUGGUAACUCACUCAGGUGAAAAGCUGAAUUCUUUAAAAACAGUUUAGAAGUUUUGAUUUUAGUCACAAAUGAAAGCUUACUUUUAAGUGUAUUUGCAUUUAUCUAUCAGUAACUGUUUUUAAGUAUUUCAGAAAAUAUGUUGUUUUGUUCAGUCUCAGUUUUGCACCGUUUUGCCUUUUUUACCACAUCAUUUUAUUUCUAAAGCACUUUAAAGACAACAUACCAGCUGACCAACAUGCUGUACAUUACGUUUUAAAAAAAGAAAAAAACGCAUCAAAAUAGAACAAAUAAAGAACAAGGAGGCGUCAGCUGGUCUGUUGCACAUGUUUACAAUGUGAGGGUGAUGCUAGCAGGUUGGGCUGUUAGCAUUUGUCUGUUUAGAAGCUACAUUUUACUACAUUUACAAGCUCCUUAUUAAAAAAAUAAAUAUUCAUUCUUUUUGUAGUGGAUUUUGGUUUGAUUACUUAGAAGGCAGGGUAAGUUAAUAUACUAUGUUUCAUACUUGAACACAAUUCAGCAUACUUCACUUUAAGCUGAGGAAGAGCAUAAAAACAUUCAAAUCAGAAAAGGACAAAGACAUUUUAAGAUGUCGAGAAGUUUCAUAAAAGCACUGUUGAAAUGUCAAAUGAAUUUCUGAAAAUACAUUUUGCACAAUAAAUAACAGAAAAGGCAAAAAAUUAGCACUAUAUAUAUGUGUGUGUGAGUGUGCGUGUGCGUGUCAUUAAGUGAUCAGUUACAACAAUAUCUUUUAUUAUUAAUAACUGAAUGUUAAACAUACACAAAGCAUCUAAAUGUCAGGGCUAUAUUACAGUUAAUAACCGGAAAUAUUAGAAAACUCAUUUGUAAAUAAUAAAAGGUAGAUGUUAUGAGAAAUAACAGAAUGUGAAUUUUCUUUUCCCAGUUAUUUCCUGUUUGGUUUGGAGUCUUUCCAUCUUGUUUAAGGAACAUUAAUUCUUCCAGAAAUG